AUGCAAUACUUUCUCCCAAUUAUGUCAUUAUUAUCAUUUGCUUGUAUGUGGACGACAGUCGUUCAAGCACGAGCAACAUCACGGCGAGAUGACUUGGCUGUCGUUCAUACAUUCGAUACAAGGGAGAUGUGUAUGAGCAGAUGUCGCACAACUUGUACUCACCAUCAUUCGGAAGAUCUCAUGAUGCCCAGAUGGCAAUGUCCGUUACAGGAAGACGAUACGAACUUCAUGGAUGAAGAAGAAGAAGACUUGUUAACAUCAAAUCUGUUAUUCAUCAUUCCAACAUUACUAAUUGGAAGUGUGAUAUUCCUGUUUGUAUGCAUCUCUUGUGUUCAACGAUUUUGUAAAAAUGAUUAUUAA